AUGUACGAAUGUCUCAAUAUCAAAAAUUUUUCCCCAAGGCAAUUUCGCAUUGUAUACAAUCUUUUGGCAUUUAGCCGAUUUCCAAGGCUAGGGACCAAAGAAUGUGCACCUAUCUCUAAGGGGCCAUCCACAAUAAAACUAAACCAAUUUUUUAAUUAUAAUAUGGAAGUCGAAAAAGCUAGGGAAAAUCAAGAAAGAGCUGCUCUUGAAGAAAGACAAAAACAAGAUCAUCGAAGAGGGAUCCAAUGAGAUGAAGAAGUAAUUAAAGAGCAUGACAAAGAAAGAGGCACCAGAAUGAAGGUAACUGAGCCAAAAACCCCAUAUAAUUAUAUGGACAUAGAAGAAGUAUCCUUUAUAAUAGCCAUUAUAAAAUAAAAAAAAUAAUCAUUUUUUUUUUUCUUAUUAAUUUUUAGUUCUAAAUCAAAAAAUAAUUAAAAAAUACCUAUAUAAAUCCUAUAAACGAAGAAAUAAGAACUGAAGAAGUCCUCAAUGACGCUUCUAAAGAACUCGAAAAAGUCCGAAAAAAGCAAGAAUUCGAAGAACGAAGAAAGCAGCAUUAUCACGGAGAAAUUUCCUAUGCAAAGCAGCUGCUGCAGCAGCACAAGUUCGACGAAGAGCUAGAUGAAGAUGAGAAAUUUGAAGAUGCAUAA